ACUUAUUGUCUUCUUGUGCUCUUCUCCUCUUCUCUUCUCUCCUCACCUCACCACACUCCUUCUUCCUCACUCCCUCUUCCCCCCCAAUAUCCGUCAUCAUGGCGGUCCUCCACGCCUACGACUACGUCUUCGCCAUCGGCACCCUCUUCGCCAUGUUGGAUGCCUUCAACAACGGCGCCAACGAUGUGGCCAACUCCUGGGCUACCAGCGUCUCGUCCCGCUCCAUCUCCUACCGCCAGGCCAUGAUCUUCGGCACCAUCUUCGAGAUGCUGGGCGCCAUCACCGUCGGGGCGCGCACCGCCGACACCAUCAAGAACGGCAUCAUCCCCAACGCCGCCUUCCAGGGCAACGCCGGCGUGCAGAUGCUGGCCUUCACCUGCGCCCUGGCCGCCGCCUCGUCCUGGGUCAUGUGGUGCACGCGUCACUCCGCCCACGUCUCCUCGACCUACUCGCUCAUCGCUGCCGUCGCGGGCGUCGGCGUGGCCACCGUGGGCGCCUCGCAGGUGCAAUGGGGCUGGAACAACGGCAAGGGACUCGGGGCCAUCUUCGCGGGACUGGGCAUGGCACCCAUCAUCUCCGGGGGCUUUGCGGCGGCCAUCUUCAUGCUCAUCAAGCUGGUCGUGCUGCUGCGCCGCAACCCCAUCCCCUGGGCCGUCUACAGCUCGCCGUUCUUCUUCCUCAUCGCCGCCACCAUCUGCACCCUGUCCAUCGUCUACAAGGGCUCGCCCAGCCUGGGUCUGAGCAAGAAGCCCGGCUGGUACAUCGCCGCCGUGACCAUGGGCACCGGCGGGGGCGUCGCCCUGCUGUCCGUGCUCUUCUUUGUCCCCUUCGUGCACGCCCGCGUCAUCAAGAAGGACCACGGCGUCCAGUGGUGGAUGUUCGUCCUGGGCCCGCUGCUGCUGCUGCGUCCCACCCCCGUCGAGGCCGCCCACGCCAAGAUCCCCAACUACGCCGUCGUCCAGGACGACUCGGACGUGUUGUCCAUGCGUUCGCCCGAUACCCUCCGCGGCGUCGACGCCCCCAAGGCCGCCCCCCUCGCCGGGGUCGAGUCGAUCCAGUCGGACGAGAAGCGCGUGGUGGCGGGCGAGUCGGCCCAGCUGACGUACCAGGAACUGAUGGCGCAGUCGGAACGCCGGCUGAACGAGCGGCUGCUGCAGAAACGCGGUCCCAUCGGCUGGGCGAUGCGCACGCUCCGCGACAACCCGCUCGGGGCGGGCCAGAUGUACGAGCUGCACAACAUCCUGAUCCUGUUCAAGCGCAUCCCCGCGAUGGUGGUGUGCGGGCUGCUGUACGGGCUGCACUACGACAUCCACGCGGCGCAGUCGGGCAUCGCGGGCACGCCCGAGGGCCAGCGCAUGCAGCGGGUGUACGCGCACGCGGAGAAGUACCCCAACGAGGUGGAGCACACGUACUCGUUCGUGCAGGUGCUGACGGCGUGCACGGCGUCGUUCGCGCACGGAGCCAACGACAUCGGCAACUCGGUCGGGCCCUGGGCCGUCAUCUACUCGGCCUGGUCGACGGGCAACGCGGCCGCCGCGAAGGCGCCGGUGCCCGUGUGGCAGCUGGCGGUGCUGGCGGCGUGCAUCUCGAUCGGGCUGAUUACCUAUGGGUACAACAUCAUGAAGGUCAUGGGCAACAAGAUCACGUACCACUCGCCCAGCCGCGGCUGCUCGAUGGAGAUGGGGGCGGCGAUCACGGUGCUGGUGUUCUCGCAGUACUCGCUGCCGGUGUCGACGUCGAUGUGCAUCACGGGGGCGACGGUGGGCGUCGGGCUGUGCAACGGCACCUUCAAGGCCGUCAACUUCCAGCGCGUGGGUCUGCUGCUGCUGGCGUGGAUCAUGACGCUGCCGAUUGCAGGCACCCUGGGGGGCGUGCUGAUGGGGCUGUUCCUGAAUGCGCCGCACUUUGCUUGACCAUCUGGAGAGGAUCCGGAGGAGAAAGUAGCUAAUCUAUUGUCCACGGGGAGUGGUGGUUAGAUGACUGUCGAUUAAUCAUGAGCAGUGAGGGUGUAGUUAGUUAAUCAGUCCAUGAGAUUAAUCGAAUAUGUCCCAGACAACUCAGCAGGUCACACUAAAACAUCCCGAUGGCGAC